UCCGGCCCGCCACGUCACGCGCCGGCAAGCGGCUGAGGGCGCGUCUAGCUGAGGGGGAGGCCAUGGCGGAGCUCUACGUGAAGCCGGGGAACCGGGAGCGCGGCUGGAACGACCCGCCUCAGUUCUCGUACGGCCUGCAGCAGCUUCAGGCUUCCGGGGCAGGAGGCGGCGGCGGCGGCGGCGGCAAGCGGGGGGUCCUGACUCGACGCCCGGCAGCUGCUCCGGGAGCAGCACCGCCUCCUCUUCCUCUUCCUCCUCACGGGCCAGCACCUGGUUCGGAAAGUGCUACCUGCUCAGCAGCGUUGUCAGCUGUUCCACCGCCACCGGUGGGCUUACCUCCUCCUGGUUUGCCAGGCCGCUCUAUGAGGGUAGAUGCCACAAACCAACCCGUCGCUGAGGCUGGAGAGGAUUGCCAAGUGGAGGAUGUUCUUGCCCCCUUGAAUGAGGCUCUGGACAAUUGCAGGAGAUCUGUAGCAAAACAGGUUUGUGAUGACAUCAGCAAGCGCUUAGGAAUCCUGCAGCAGAUGUGGGUACAAGGGAAACUCUCUGCCCCAGUGAGAAAGGGAAUGAAGAUUCUGACACAAGAGCUCAAGAGGCGGCACUGGGAUGCAGCUGAUGAGAUCCAUCGCUCACUAAUUGUGGACCAUGUCACUGAAGUGAGCCAGUGGAUGGUAGGAGUGAAAAGGCUCAUUGCAGAAACAAGAAAAUUGCAUACAGAGGAUCUGGCCACAGAAGAUUACGAGCAAAAAGUUGCAACCUCUUUGGAACCAGAAUGCCAGUAAGAUUAGGCCAAGUCCAAGGAGUUGGCAGUAUAAGACUGGGCCCGCAGGGGACUGAUUUCCUAAGCAGCAGAGGAAGGUGUUUUAUCUCCUGAGCAUUGGUGACCUACUCAAGUUAAUUUUUGCCAAUCUGACCAAAGCUCAAAGUUUUACAAGAAUCUCUCAAGUAAGCUGGAGAAUUCUGUGCAGCUAUUUGAAAUUGGUGUCUGUGGUUAAAAACAGCCAGCCCUUUCUGGACUUGGUACAAAAUGGAAGGAAGUGACUGGGUGAUGCAAUUGUAAUGCAAGCGUACAAUGAAAGUCCAGACUGA